AUGAGUGAAUUUAACUAUUCAUCCAUGUGCUACAGCCCGGCGCCCGUGGAAGUGAUCACUGUCACGAGUGUGGAUGGCGCUUCGUUGACAAAGCCAUUGCUUUCUUUCGACGUUCAGUCAGCACCAGCUUCGACACAUGAAGAUGAUAGACUGAUCACUCAUUCACGAUAUUCAUCUGAGCUUGUUGUUGCUACCUGGGUGCCUGCUGUGCCUUUGGUUCACCAGCAGUCUGAUCUAGAUGAAGCGGAGGAGGAGGAUGGUGAUGUUGAUGAGAAUGAUGAUGGAGAUGACGGCGAUAGUGAGGGUAGUGAUGGAAAUGCUGCUCCCACCAAGACUCCUGGAAAUGGAGUUGUGAGUGUUCUUGGAUUGACUCUGGGUAUCUUGGCUGGUAUGGGCAUGCUUCUAUGA